GAUAUCACUGUAAAUCCAAAGAGAAGCUUAUGGCCGACGAUUUCAACUUCUACCACCGACGUUUCCAGUUUUACCCUUCCAUUUCUCCUAAUUACCUUUACCUGUCUCCUCUCUCUCCGGCCGCUUAUCGACGACUGUCCUCUCCAUUCAGGUUGUUGAAGGUUUAGGAGCUAUGAGUGACACUGUUGAUUUAACUGGAGAUGGAGGAGUUUUGAAAAAAAUUGUCCGGCGAGCCAAGUCUGAUGCUAUUGCUCCAUCAGAGGGUCUUCCUCUUGUUGAUGUGCACUAUGAAGGUACUCUUGCCGAGACUGGUGAAGUAUUUGAUACUACCCGUGAGGACAAUACAGUGUUCACGUUUGAGGUAGGCAAGGGAUCUGUCAUCAAGGCUUGGGAUGUUGCACUGAGAACCAUGAAGGUUGGGGAGGUAGCUGUAAUCACCUGCAAACCAGAAUAUGCCUAUGGUAGUGCAGGUUCUCCACCAGAUAUUCCUCCGGAGGCAACACUUGUAUUUGAGGUGGAGUUAGUGGCUUGUCGACCUAGGAAAGGUGCUAGCUUGAGCAGUGUCUCAGAUGAAAAAGCCAGGCUGGAGGAGCUAAAGAAACAGAGGGAACUUGCAGCUGCAAACAAGGAGGAGGAGAAGAAGAAGAGAGAAGAAGCUAAGGCCGCAGCUGCCGCCCGUAUCCAAGCAAAGCUUGAAGCAAAGAAAGGGAAAGGAAAAGGAAAAGCUAAGUAAAAUUUUAUGUUGCUAUUUCAUCUUUUGAUGUACUUGAAGUGCGGGUGACAUUGAUCCUUAUGUUUCAAGGGUGAAUUCAGACAUUUCUCAAAUAUUAUGAUUUGGCACUUUGUUUACUUAAUGUAAUGGUUUCUAAUACUACCAUUAAUUUUCACAUAA